AUGAUCAAUGGUGCAAAGGUUGAUUUUUGGGCUUGCAUUAGCUUCGCACGUUCUAAUGUUGAUGCCGGAAGAUUUUGCCAUGAGUUGAUCAAUAUGUGUACCAGUAAAGGGAUGGUCUUUAACUCAAGCCCUUUAGUUCCAAUCCGCCAAGGACAUUCUGGCCAGAUAGAAAGAUCCCUGUCUGAUCUUCAUAACGACUCUAAUUCUCGACUUGCAAGCAUGGGUGCAACUGGGAGACAGCUUCAGCUGCUCAUUAUAAUCCUUCCUGAUGUCAGUGGUUCCUAUGGUAAGAUAAAGCGCGUUUGUGAAACUGAGCUUGGGAUUGUGUCCCAGUGUUGCCAGCCGAGGCAGGCAUCAAAAUGCAACAAGCAAUACUUGGAGAAUGUUUCUUUGAAAAUCAAUGUGAAGGUUGGAGGCAGAAACACUGUCCUGGAAGAGGCAUUAAACAGAAGAAUGCCUAUAAUUAGCGAGCGGCCGACAAUUAUUUUCGGUGCCGAUGUCACUCAUCCUCAGCCGGGGGAAGAUUCUAGUCCUUCUAUUGCUGCAGUUGUGGCCUCAAUGGAUUGGCCAGAAAUCACCAAGUACAGGGGACUUGUUUCUGCACAGCCCCACCGUGAAGAAAUUAUUCAAGAUCUCUAUAGUGAGAAACAGGAUCCUGUAAAGGGUCUUGUCCGUGGGGGAAUGAUUCGGGAACACUUGGUUGCCUUCUACAAGUCGACCGGGCAAAAGCCUCAUCGUAUCAUAUUUUACAGGGAUGGUGUAAGUGAAGGCCAGUUUAACCAAGUGCUGCUGUACGAGAUGGAUGCGAUUAGGAAGGCAUGUGCUUCUUUGGAAGAAACAUAUAUGCCGAGAGUCACUUUUGUGGUGGUGCAGAAGAGACAUCACACCCGACUUUUUGCUUGUAAUACUAGAGAGACUGACAGGAGUGGUAACAUUUUGCCAGGUACUGUGGUCGACACCAAGAUAUGCCAUCCCCAUGAGUUUGAUUUCUACCUCUGCAGCCAUGCUGGAAUUCAGGGUACUAGUCGUCCAGCACAUUACCAUGUGCUGUUUGACGAGAAUGGGUUUAGUGCGGACAUAAUGCAAAUGCUGACCAACCGCCUGUGCUACACAUAUGCAAGGUGCACUCGCUCAGUUUCCAUAGUGCCACCGGCAUACUAUGCCCAUCUGGCAGCAUUCCGAGCACGGUACUAUAUUGAGGGCAAUGAGCUAUCUGACAGUGGGUCGACCUCUGCUGGUGGUGGUGGUGCCACUCGCGGCAGGACUGCCGAAGUUCGGCCUUUGCCUGUCAUCAAAGAUAAUGUGAAGGAUGUCAUGUUCUAUUGCUGA